AUGAUCUACUCUACGCAAAUAUCAAGGCUUGAUGGCCUCAUGCUCUGUGCUUCAGUCGAUGAUGAACAGGCCGAGUCCACCCUCGCAGAGACCAAGCAGAACGUGCGCCAGGUCCUCCGCAAGCUCACACGCAACUCCGAGUCCCAGGCCUCCAUCGAGACCCCCAACCAUACGCUGCACUACCUCAUCGACUCGGACAUCGUCUUCCUCGCCAUCUGCGCUCCCUCGUACCCUCGAAAGCUUGCCUUUACCUAUCUAGCCGAUCUCGCACGCGAGUUCACAACCACCUACCCAGCAUCCCAGGUCCACUCGCCUGCUCUGCGACCCUACGCCUUCAUGGAGUUUGACACCUUUAUCUCCAAGACAAAGACCACCUACGCCGAUUCCCGAGCCUCGGCUAACCUCGAUAAACUUAAUGAUGAGCUGCGCGAUGUGACAAAGGUAAUGACCAAGAACAUUGAGGAUUUGCUCUACCGUGGAGAUAGUCUGGAGCGCAUGGGAGAGAUCAGCUCGAGGCUGCGUGAUGACAGCAAAAAGUAUCGUAGGGCGGCGGUGCGUAUCAACUGGGAACUUUUGCUCAAGCAGUACGGACCCUUCGCGGCUCUUGGGUUCAUCAUCAUCUUUUUCCUGUAUUGGCGGUUCUUUUAA